AUCAGAAUACUCUGGUCUCCGUGCACUGUCUGGGAAUAGGUGUGUAAUAUUGUUCGUGCUUAGUUUGAUCCUUGGUGUACAAACCUGCGUGUUUCUCUGUGAGUUAUCACUCGUUUUGUGUGCGAAUCCUUAUGUGAGCAGAAAGGUGUUAUAUAAUAAAAUGUGAGAGUGUAACUGGAGGGGAGUUAGUGACGCAGUGCAUUAUACUGGUACAGCAGGUUUCAUAUAUACAUAUAAAUACCAGCGCUGCAUCACUGUUCCUACUCCACUGUUCUACCUGAUCUGCAAGAACAAUCCACAAGGAAAACAAUCAGAUCUGUACUGCACCAAGAUGACUUCCAUCCUGCGCUUUAUUUUCGCUGUUGUUGUGACUCAUAUUGUGUCUGUGAGCAGCUCGGCACAAAACAUCAAUCCAAACGUAGUCAAAGUAGCCAACUUUGCCAUUAUUGAACACAAUCGCAUGAGCAAUUCUGCUUAUGCACUUAAAAUAGUGGACAUCCUAUCUGACUCCGCUCAGAUUUUCCCUCCUGUAGGGGUUAAAUACUCCAUUGAAGUGCGUGUAGCUCCAACCACUUGCAGAAACAAUGGAAGUGUGAACCUGGAGGACUGCAGCGUGAUGGCUAAUGCACAGAUGAUGAUUUGCAACUUUGUGGUAAUGGCAGUUCCAGGACAAAACACACUGCCCAAUCGCCUUCUGUCACAGCAGUGUGCCUGAUCGUCUUACAAUAUGAUAAAUAUUGAAUAUUGAUGUGUCUGUCAUGUAGUGCUUGGUUAUCAAUCAAUAUUCUCACAUAUCGAUUAAAGUAUAUACAUCCUCAUGUAUAAUGCUAUCAACAUCGUGUUUGACAGUAGGUACGUUGUUGUUAAGUAUUUAGUCAUUCAAACAUAUCCUUGACAUAAUCUUUGUUUCUAUUAAUUUGGUCACCUUUUAUGUGUGUUUGUCCCCUUUUUUAUUACUUGCUUUUUAGCCACAGUAUUGUUCUACCUUGAUUAAACAUUACAUUAUGGCAGGUGCACUUCAGUAGAAAGCUGCGACCCGCCCUGUUUCACAAACUUUGUGUAUAUAUUGGGCAUCAGAACACAUCUUGUAACUUGCAAUAAUUCUGCAAUAAAGAAGAAACAAAAAAAGCUGUCUCAUGAUUUUUAGCCAGUGGACAUACAGAACAAAAUGUUUGCCUAGAGUGUGUUGACAAAAGAGCAAGACACUUAAGAUGUAUUUGCAAUGUUUGCAGAUUUAUGAAAUACAUGCAGCCUUGUGAAACACACUGAUUAAGGUCAAGUACCACAGUAUCUCUGUCACAAUCUAAAAACAUUUCAGAACUACUGAUUAUGUAUUUGUUUUUGGUUGAAAUACAUUUACUUAGGGUGACCAUACGUCCUCUUUUUCCCCGACAUGUCCUCUUUUUAAGACCUAAAAAAUUUUUAAAUCACCAAAAAUGUCCGGGAUUCUGCUUUUCUAGUCUGCACUCGCUAUUCUGUGUGUAUGUUUUUAGGUAUUUUUAGGAGUGCAUCUGUUUUGUUAAAAUAAGUCUGAUUUUCACGUACACGUACUAACACAGAGGCUCCUGUCAACACCGUGAUGAGUUGUUCGUGAACUAUCCGAUUCUAUUGAAUGGCAUUCUGUGGAAAUUGCUCAGCAAGCACUAGAAGACACACCUUACUGCUGGGUUUCUACUGAUGGGAGCAAGUAAUUAAAGUGAAUCAAAUUAAAGUUAACACUCCUAAUAAGUCGGCUAAUAUGAUUGUACAAUAAAUAAAAAAACUAAAAAAUAAAGGGAUUUUUAUUUAUAGGCGACAA